CAAGAUGGCGUUCAUUGUUCCGAGAUAUGAACAUGUGGUGUUUAUGUGUGAGAGUAGAUUAUGUAUUUGCAGGAUAGACUCUGAUAGCAAAAUCCCAGACACUUGUUUUGUGGAUUGUCCAAAACCUAUCAAGUCCUCCUCAAGAACUGAUUCAAAAGUACAAGAUCCUGAAGGUUCUGAGAAAAAAAGGGCUUUUACAGUGAAGCAGGAGAAAUCAAAGAUUGUAUGUGGAACCUUUUCACCGUGUGGGAAAUACUUUGCUGUUGCAGAUGACAACAAACAACUUAUAGUAUGGCAGAUAGGAGGAGACCAUAAAUGGAACUUGUUUAACACAAGAUAUUUGGUGAGGAAAGCUGUCCACCUGGUGUUUUCUCCACAGAGUGAUGAUAUCCUUGUAGCCGAUAGAACAGGCGAUGUUUACAAGUUCUCUCUUAGUAACCCUCUACACGAAGGCAUCUUGGUGCUUGGUCAUCUUUCAAUAUUGUUGGAUAUGGUGAUCACACCAGAUGGAAGGUUUAUUAUAACUUGUGAUAGGGACGAAAAAAUCAGAGUAACAUCCUAUCCUAAUGCAUACAACAUUCAUACAUAUUGUCUUGGACAUACUGAGUUUGUCACAUCUCUUGCUAUUUUGCCUAGUCAUACACAGUUCCUUGUUUCAGCAUCUGGAGACAAAACCUUGAGAUUAUGGAGGUAUAUCGAUGGAGAAGAAGUGUUUCAGUUAGACUAUACAGAUGGUAUUUCUCAUCUGUUGCUGUCUGAUAAGAAUAAUGAUCAGCAGUCUGUGGACGGUGAUGACAAGAAUCGUCAUGAAGGAGUAGUGAGACAGCUGCAGAGUGAUUCAGGAGAAAAACCAGGUUCUGUCGUGCGUUCAAUACAAUGUUUAAAACAUUCCACUGGAGACCAGAUUAUUGCUUUACUUGAUGGAAUACCUGGUGUGGCUGUCUAUCAAGUAAAUGUAGAAGUUUUGACAGAAUCUAUAUCAUGUCAAUUUACCCAACUAAUUACUUGUACAGCUGAGCCAUGGGAUUGUUGCAUUGAUGAUAACAAUUUUCUCUGGCUUCUUGUUCCACAAGAAGGACAAACAGUUAGGAUUUUUGAGAGCAAAGGCAAACAGAUUCAAGAAGUAACGAAAGAAUCACAACCUCGGUAUUUCCAUAUCACGGAGAUUAUGAACAAGCAAUGGGAGUUUUUUGAAGCUGCUAGUUCUGUCAGAACCAACUACCAAUUCUUAUACAAACAGUGGUAUGAUAACAUGGAGGAAUAUAAAAGGAAGAAAGAGUACAGAUUGCUACAGAAAGGACAGCAGGAAGAUAAACAAUGUAAAAUGAUCAAAACCAAAUAAUGUAUAUAUAUAUAUGUACAAGGAAAUUAACAAUAUGUGAUAUUUUCUAAAAUUAUAAUUGAAAAGUAAAGAAUUAACAAACCUUU